GGCUGGCUGUAGGGACUGGCUCUCACUACGAGUCGAGAGCUCCUAGCAACCACAGGUGUGUCUCUCUCUCGCGUGUUGUUUCUCUCAGAAUUCAGUGAAUCAACCAAAUAUAUCAUUCGUCAACUAGUGUUUUUACCCCACAAAAAAACCAAGUGCGUUAACCCAGUGUGGACUGUGUUGUAAACGACCGACAUUUUCGGAUCAAAAAUCUCUUUUUGCUGCCAAAUUUUUAGGCUGGAAUCGAGUCAACAGAGUUAACCGCCUGCCCGUCAUGUCGCUAAUUGGGUUACUGGGCAGCUUUGCCGGGUUCGUGCGAGUGCGGUACCUGCACGACAAGGCCGACAUUGACAACGCCAUUUUCCGGCUGCACUACCGUUUCACCAGCGCCUUUUUCUUCGCCGCUUGCGUCAUCAUCACGGCCUUUGACCUGAUUGGCAGUCCCAUCGAUUGCAUCACGGACGACGCUGUGUCACGGCCGGAAGUCAUCAACACCUACUGCUGGAUCCAGCACACCUUCACCCUGCCCGGCUCGUCCAAACUGCCCAGCGGCAAAGUGGUCGACUAUCCGCAAGCCUUCCAGGGCGUCGGGCCGGCCUACGAGGGCCAGGGCGAGCGUCGCAUCCACAGCUACUACCAGUGGGUCCCGUUCGUCCUCUUCUUCCAGGGCAUCCUCUUCUACCUGCCGCACUGGAUCUGGAAGAACCAGGAGGACGGACAGGUGCGCAGCAUGACGGACGGUAGUCGCGGACUACUGAUGGGCUGCCUGCCCGAGGACCGCAAAGUCCGCUGCUCGGCCCUGUCCAGCUACCUGCAGGACACGCUGCACACCCACGGCCGUUUGGCUCUCGUCUACGUGGCCUGCGAGGUCCUCAAUCUCGUCAACGUGGUGGGCAACAUUUUCUUCAUCGACAAGUUCCUCAACGGCGCCUUCCUGGACUACGGCACACGCGUCAUCCAGUACUCGAGUAUGGAUCAGGAGGACCGUGACGACGUCCUCAUCGAAGUCUUUCCGCGCAUGACCAAGUGCACCUUCCAUCGCUACGGCCCUUCCGGCUCGAUCCAGACCCACGACGCCCUCUGCGUCCUGGCCUGGAACAUUUUCAACGAAAAGAUUUACAUUUUCCUCUGGUUUUGGCUGAUUAUCCUCUCGGUUUUAUCGGCCCUGGCGCUGGCCUAUCGGCUGGUCAUUGUCGCUUCGCCCAUCGCCCGGCUGUUUGUCAUCCAGCGCGUGGCUUCACCGUCGGCGGCUUCAGCCGAAACAGUCAUCCGACGCCUGCCGUUCGGCGAUUACUUCCUCGUCCACAUGCUGGGCAAGAAUCUCGAGGGCUUCCUCUUCAACGGUCUCAUCGACGACCUGGCUCUGCGCUUCAACACGGGAAACAGUUCCGGCAAACCCAAUUCCGGCGGCCUAGAGUCGGCGCCCAUUCUCAGCCCAAGAUACGGAAUCCCCGGUGACCGAUGAUUUUUUAAA